AUGGCUCACGGACAGCAUCAACUUCCCGGCGCAAACGCUUUUCAUCCUGGCCGGAGUAGAUCACAGUCCACCAACAUUCGUUUGCCUGCUCGUUCUCCAGCGAAGCAUCGGGCCUCGUCCUACUACCCUCCCACUGACCCGGAGAUCGUCGACGACUCCAACCCCGACCCGUUCUAUCUUGAACAGUCGUUGUCCAACGGUGCCUCCUGGGCCUCUUGCCGGCGGGACAUGGGGGACGCGAGGUUCAGCCACGACCCUGAUCCCUAUUUCAUGCUAUCCAACGCCAAUUCCGGCAAAGACUUCUCCUUCCCGGCAGUACCCCGUGGGGAGUGUCGUGCGAACAACAAUCGAUCGACCCUCUCUGUCGUGGAGCUGGAAUAUCAGUUAGGGCUUCAACAAGCCAACGUGCACCCGUGGAGUGGACAGCCCUGCCACUCCAGUCAGGGCUCCUUCAGCUCGGUGCAAUCCGAGGCCACCCCAGACCUCACUCCCAGUAGCUCAUUCUCGUCCAACUACUCUUCUCCGAUCUAUCCCGACGCUACAAAGCGUACACGACACGGCUACGUGCCUUAUCCUCCUCAUCCCUACACAGCGUUGCCGACGAGGCGAUCAUCCGAGACCAAGGACGCAAGAGCCCUAGUGGCACAAUCCAACGCUUCGUCAGACACCCUCAUCAUGCCUCACGCUGACAUCUCGGACGGCGGCUCCGUCCGUGGAAAGGCCUUGCCUGCCAUGCCUCCAGUCCCUCGCAUAGGGAAUCCUCCUCCGGGCAAGCGGGGACCCAAUCCCCCUGGACGGCCUCCUAUCGAGCCCUCCAUGAUAUCCCCUCCUUGCCGCAUAAAUCCCGUCACAAUGGAGCCCCAUACCACUCACUUCGAUCAAGCAUUGUUCAUUCCCGCCAAUGACUGCCCUAGCCCUGUCCCCAGCCCAACACCGAGUCCAGCGUCCCCAGGCAUGGAGCGCCUUCCCACCGCAACCUCGGGCAGGGACAGACCGUUGACCUCCGCCUCAGAGAUGCACUGCGAGCAGUCCGUCUGGGAGUCCGACUCUGACAAUGACGACACGGAUCCCAAGUCGCUCUCCCGCAAACCCAUGGACACUCUGAAGAAAGUCCGCAGUCGAGUUCAAUUACGUGUCGCAAAGUCCGCCCCCAAGCUCCAGAACGCCCAGUCCCAGAGCCAGCCUCCGAGUAAGGAAAACAGCCAGGAGCUGGAACGGUUCCCCUCGAUUCCAGACCAGCUGCCCUGCGACGACCUGCCGCCGCCGCCACCCAUGCCGAUUGUGCAGGCCCGCUCCAGCAAGGACAUCUUCCGUCCCGCGGCCCAUCAGACCCUCCGACUAGUGGCUCCCUCGACGACUUCGCUCGUGCGGCCUCGCACGCCGAGAUCGCGUGGCAACAGCUGCGCCACGACGGGCCCCUCGCGCCCUCAGACCCCGAAGUACGAUAUUGAUCGCUCCACCGCGGCGGCGAUCCACGCGCAGACUAGACGCCGGCAACGGUCCGAUUCGCCCGAUAUGCCCCUCACCCCGCAGCGCGAGAAGCUCUGCACUCUGUGUCGCGAGGAGCGCUCCGAUCGAGCCAUCCACCAGAGUCUGAGCCUGGUGCGGCCGCCGCUGUACAAGCGGUUCUGGGAGUCGCUCCGGAUGCUGGGCUGCCACGGCGAUAUCUCCCCUGCGCGGGCUCGCAAGCCGAUGUUCGAGCGCAAUGACUCGAUGCGUGGAUGGGAUGCCCGCGAUGAGGAGUCGACUCCCAAUCGCUAUGCUUACAACGAUAGCCUGUGUUUCUAUGACUGA